UUUUUGCUUUUUGUUUAACUAAGUUUCAAUGGCGACAAAUCACACGCCUCUCAUUCCGACAGGAACUCGAUCGAAUCGACGCUCCUUGCUUUCGCUCAUAGUGGGACUGGUUGUCGGAUUCUGUCUAGCGGAAAUGUUCAUAAUGUCAACGCCUUCCCAUCCCGAAUACUCCCCAUAUGCGGGACAUAAACAUGGCGACAUAAAUGACCCACACAACAGUCAUGAUAUGCUCGGCGAGGAGGGACCGGAAGCGGAUGUUGGCACACAUCAGCAUGCAUUCGAAAAUAAUAGUUUAGCCACAAAAUUAACUAACGAAGUUCGAGUACUGUGUUGGAUUAUGACAAAUCCCAAGAAUCACAAGUCCAAGGCACGCCACGUUAAGCGAACGUGGGGACGGCGUUGUAAUAAGCUUUUGUUUAUGAGUACUGAGAAAGAUGAAGAGCUGGGCUCGGUGGCGUUACCGGUAGGUGAGGGUCGCAACAAUUUAUGGGGGAAGACGAAGGAGGCUUUCAAAUACAUACAUGCCCAUCACUUGGACGAGGCAGAUUGGUUCUAUAAAGCGGACGAUGAUACGUAUGCUGUCAUAGAAAAUAUGCGAUACAUGUUAUAUCCUUAUUCGCCACAGACGCCUAUAUAUUUUGGCUGCAAAUUUAAGCCUUUCACGAAACAGUGAUAGAAAUCUUUGAGCGGUACUUGAAACUUGGUUUCGCUUUUAAAGGCCUUUGACAUACAUAUUUGUAUUUUUCGGUCGUCAAGUGUGUUUAGGCCAGCAUCCUAAACAGUUCAAUUUAAGACCCAACCUAAUACUUUUUAAUACACAAUAGUUAGCUACAAAACGGCGUUUUAAAAACGAUAUGUAUGUUAAAAUUUCCUUUGCGGGAUAAACAGUUUUCGUGGGCUAAACUAAUUAGCAGAAAGAAGAACGAAUUUUACUUAUCUUGCGAGUAUCCAAAUAAUCUGACGUCCUAGAGCCACCACGCUUCAUCGCCUUCGAAAUUUAAG